CCGCCAAUAAAACCUCAAAGGAAGAAGAAAUAGAGAGACGAGGAUUUAAACUACACCUGCCUAUUUUAUGAGAAUACCCAUAAUGCACUGUGAGAGUCGCAUGCUGAAUGAAUUCCCGCGUCUUGCCAGGAGAUGACGCCCGCAGCUGAAUCAAUCAUCCAUUCAUUUUCCAAACUGCGCUGGUCCAGCAUUAUCAUACAGAUGAGUUCUUCCUCUUCAUCUCUCAUUUGGUCUGACUCAGAGGAAGGAAGCCCACAGAUUCAAUAAAUACAUCAGUUUACCAUAAGUUAAAUUAUUAUAACCUGGACCAAUUUUUAUGCCAUUCUUGGGUCUGUGCACCUCUGGAUUGAAGAAGGCAGUCAAGGCUCGCAUGGCAAAGGACUUCCAGGACGCACAAGUGGUCAUUGACUGUAAAGAUCUGUGUUGUCAAACUCCCUCCUCUCUCCUGCUUCGAAGUGAAGUGUUCUUCUUGCACAAGUCCCAUUGCACCCUAAAGAGCUUAGUCAGCGCAGCACCACACAGUGUCUGUAUGGGAGAUCUGUCAGUGUCGAAGAAAUUUUGAAGCAUCAAGGAUGUUUUGAUUGCAUCUCUGCUCAAACCUGGAAUGGCCUUUAAGUUCGACAAAGUUUUACUUGUGGGUGACUGUGUGCAAAGACCUGAUUACUUAUCGAAGGGGGAACAGAUGUCAGCAAAUGAAGUAUGUGAGACUAAAUCCAUUGCUCGACCAAGGGUCUCAUCUGUGAGGUGAAGCUGUCUGGUAUGGUCAUCUCUCAUCACCGAGAGCAUCAACUAACUGUUGCUGCAGUGAGAGCAUUGAGGAAACCUGUUGCUGCAGUGUUUCUGUAAAUAUGUGCUUGAUCAUCAUGUCAUUGUGUGUAUACAACCAAAUCACACCCAUAGGAUCAGCAUGUGAUCUCAACCUUGCCGAUAGCAUGCAUGCUGUUGUUUCAGCUCUGCUGUGCCAUUAUUUAGAUGACCAUGCCUAUAAAAUGAGUAGAUGAGUGAGGACACUGACUUUAAAAUGAGUCUCCCUGAUCAGAGAGAGGAGAAGGUCACUGCCUCUGAAACAAAAUGUGAUGAACCCAUGAAGAAUCUGCCCUCUGCCUUCAGUGAUGCAACAGUGACCUCUGACCCCAGCAGGGUGAAGAAAGAGAGAUCAGAAUCUCCACAACCCAGUUGUUCAUCUGUGAUGAGUGACAGUUCUAUGAUGAAUCCUCCUUUAUUGAGUGGUGGACCAGAGACCUUUGACCCCAGGUAAGACACUAGCCACUUUAGAUAUCCCUUCAAACAAAGACUUUUUGGGACCUCACUUCAAACGAAGGGGUAUGAUAAAUUUCACAGCAUACGGCAAUAUGGCUGCCCAAGCAAGCAGAAAGACCCUUAAAUGUAAGUAUUUUUUGUUAUUAAUAAGGAUUUUAAUAACAAAUAAUCAUUUAUUUUAUGUUGCAUUCAAUCUUGUUCAUAUGUAUGGUUAUGUUCUCCGAAUAAACAUUGGCAAAAAAUUGCUGUGAUAAAUGUUUGCAAAUGUUAUUGACUGCACGAUAGUUCCACAACAUAUUUCACUGAUACCCGGUGAUUUGACAACAUAAAUACAAGUCUGGUGGCAGGUAACUUAUCUUUUACCUCACGUCUGAUCAAUGCAUUGUUUUUUGUGGUUACAUCCAUUAAUAAAUGAACAUGAUGUUAACAAACAGUGCUUUCAGUUUAUGAUAAACAUCAGCGCAUUUUCUUUGACGUAAGAGCUAGCGAUGACAAAUGAUGACAUGUAACAGUGUAGUAGUGGUGUCCCAUUUCUUAGGGGGAUAUUUUCAGCCCUACCACUUGACAAAUAGACUUGGUAUUGGGCCUAAGUGUCUGCUAGAUGAAUAAAUGUGAACCUAAAUCUAAAGUGCAGUCAAACUAUAAAGUAAUUAUAUGUAAAAUGCCAUUUUGUUUGUCAGUAUCAGCAGGAGGAAGAGACCGAGAUCAGAGUCCCCAGAACCCAGUGGUGCGUCUCUGAAGAAUAGCACAUCCAUGAAUCGACCCCCUCUAUUCAGUGAUGGACCAGUGACCUCAAAUCCUUCUUGUAUUUUUGAACAGGAAGGAGAUACAUGAGAUAAUCAGUUCUGGGCAAUCAUAUUCAUCCCAAUAUCAGACUCACAUCAGCACUGAGGCAGUCAUGCAGAUAGACACACUGGAGACCCUGCAGAGAGUCAAAGACCAGCACAAAACCAGCAUGAAGAACAAGUAUGAGAGAUUAUUUGAGGGAAACAAACUCCAAGAGAAUGAAACCCUCCUGAACAGGAUCUACACACAGCUCUACAUCAUAGAGAGAGAGAGAGAAGGAGUGAAUGAAGAACAUGAGGUUUUACAGAUGGAGAAGACAGCCAGAACACAACACUCACAAGACACUCCAAUCGACUGCAAUGACGUCUUUAAAGCCUCACCUGAACCAGGAUGUGAGGAGAAAGACCAAAUCAAGACUGUUCUCACUAAAGGCAUCGCUGGAAUCGGAAAAACCGUCUCUGUGCAGAAGUUCAUUCUGGACUGGGCCGAGGGAAAAGCCAAUCAGGAUGUAGAUUUCAUGUUUGUGCUUUCAUUUCGAGAGCUGAACUUGAUCCGAGAUCAUCAGUACAGUCUUCACAGACUUCUGCUGGACUUUCAUCCUGAACUUCAAGAUCUGGACUCAAAGAUUUAUGAGGAGUGUAAAGUUGUGUUCAUCUUUGAUGGUCUGGAUGAAAGCAGAAUCACACUGAUGUUUUCAGAUGUUCAGAAAGUUUCUGAUGUGACUGAAACUUCAUCAGUGGGUGUGUUGAUGUCAAACCUCAUGAAAGGAGAAUUGCUUCCCUCUGCUCUCAUCUGGAUCACCUCCAGACCAGCAGCAGCCAAUCAGAUCCCUUCCAAAUACAUCAACCGUGUGACAGAAAUUCAGGGAUUCAAUGAGCCUCAGAAGGAGGAAUAUUUCAGGAAGAGAAUCAGUAACGAGCAUCAAGCCAGCAGAAUCAUCUCACACAUCAGAAGAGCAAGAAGCCUCCACAUCAUGUGCCACAUACCCGUCUUCUGCUGGAUCUCAUCCACUGUGCUUCAGAAGCUCCUGAAAGAAGAUCUGAGUGCAGAAAUCCCUCAAACUCUGACUGAAAUGUACAUCCACUUCCUGCUGAUUCAGAUCAACAUGAGGAAUCGGAAGUAUGAAGAGAGAGUUCCAGAGAAACUCCAGCAGUCCAACAGAGAAGUGAUUGUGAAACUUGCUGAAGUGGCUUUCAAACAGCUGAUGAAGGGUAAUGUGAUGUUCUAUGAGGAGGACCUGAGAGAGAGCGGCAUAAACGUCACUGAUGCCUCAGUGUAUUCUGGGAUUUGCACUGAGAUCUUUAAGGAGGAAUCUGUGAUUCAUCAGAGGAAAGUCUACAGCUUCAUUCAUCUGAGCGUCCAGGAGUUUCUAGCUGCUCUCUAUGUGUUUUACUAUUAUGUAAUGACACGUAUUGACACAUGGCAUUUCUUUGAUGUAGUGCAUAAUCUGCAUAGGGAAAUGGUCAAUAAAGCCCUUGAGAGUGAGAACGGACACCUGGAUCUGUUCCUGCGGUUCCUGCUGGGCAUCUCACUGGAGUCCAAUCAGAGACUCUUACAGGAUCUACUGACACACACAGAGAACAGCUCAGAGAGCAUCAGGAGAACCACACAGUACAUUAAAGAGAAGAUCAAAGAUGGACAUGGACUCUCCACUGAAAGAUCCAUCAAUCUGUUCCUCUGUCUGCUGGAAGUCAAAGAUCAGUCUCUGUCCGGAGAGAUUCAGGAGUUUGUGAAAUCAGACAAACACUCAGAGAAGAAACUCUCUCCUGCUCACUGCUCAACAAUCGCCUACAUGCUUCAGAUGUCAGAGGAGGUGCUGGAUGAGCUGGACCUCAAGAAAUACAACUCAUCAGAUGAGGGUAGAAGAAGACUGAUAUCAGCUGUGAUCAACUGCAGAAAAGCCCUUCUUACUGGCUGUAAUCUCACUGCUCAGGAUUGUGAAAUUAAGGAUUAUGUGUCAUCAGCUCUUCAAUCCUCAAACUCUGUCUUGAGACAGCUAGAUCUGAGUAACAAUGACCUGCAGGAUUCAGGAGUGAAGAUUAUUUCUGAUGGACUGAAGAGUCCAAACUGUCAGCUGGAGAUACUGAGGUUGUCAGGCUGUAUGGUGACAGAGGAAGGCUGUGGUUAUCUGUCUUCAGCUCUGAGUUCAAACCCCUCACACCUGAGAGAGCUGGAUCUGAGCUACAAUCACCCAGGACAAUCUGGAGUCCAGCUGCUCAACGACAAACUGACGGAUCUAAACUGCUCACUGCAGAUACUCAAUUUGGACCAUGGAGGCCAAUUCAGUAUGACUCCAGGACUAAGAAAAUAUGCGUGUAAUCUCACUUUGGAUCCAAACACAGCACACACUCAACUCAUCCUGUCUGAGGACAACAGAAAGAUCACACAUGUGAAAGAGCCACAGCCGUAUCCUGAUCAUCCAGACAGAUUUGAGCUCUAUGAGCAGGUUCUGAGUCGAGAGAGUCUGACUGGACGCUGUUACUGGGAGGCUGAACGGAGUGGGAUGGGGGCUGAUAUAGCAGUGACAUAUAAAGGAAUCAAGAGGAAAGCAGGGAGUAACUGUUGGUUUGGAUACAGUGACAAAACCUGGAAUCUGUACUUUUCUGCUAAUGGAUUCACUGUCUGGCACAAUAAUGUGAGCAAAAACAUACCAGCCCCUUCACCGCUGUCUAAUAGAAUAGGAGUGUAUCUGGACUGGUCGGCCGGCACUCUGUCCUUCUACAGCGUCUCUGACACACACACACUCACACACUUACACACAUUCAACACCACAUUCACUGAACCCCUCUAUGCUGGAUUUAAGGCUUAUGAUUCCUCAGUGUCUCUGUGUCAGAUUUAACAACCUGCUGAGGAACAACUGAGACAUCACUUUUUCAAGCAGUUGCAAUCCUCUUUCUUACAUAAAACAAUGUACGCAUUUUAAUUCUGUUUUCAUGGGGUCUUAAGCAUUCAACUUUUGUUGCUUUUAGUGUAUUACAUCCUUCUUACAGUAGUCUGUCUGAGCAUGUUCACUUGAAUUCAUGACAUGACUGACAUUCACCCAUCUGACUACUUCAGCGCAGCACAGUGAUUGGGAGUCAGUUAACAGCUGCUGCAAUAUUUAAUAGACUACUGGAAAUAAUGUGAGGCAGCUUUUAUUAUUAAAUUCAUAUGUAAAUACAUUAAACUAGAUGCCAACUACUGUUAAGUUGCAAUAUGUAAAAAUUUUGCAGUAAAAUAUCCACAAACCACUAUGUUAUAUAGUUUGUUCAGUUGAGCACUUACAAUAUCCCAAAUGUUUCCAACUAUUUGUAAAUCGUGAGAAAAUUACUAUUUUAACCAAGGAUAUGGGAUAUAAUAUUCCAGGGUGGAGUGCCCUCUGGUGGUAAUCAUGGGCACUCUCACAGGUGAUCAUGACAUUAACAAAUGUAUUUACUUAAUAUAUAGCUUUCGUUUAGUAUGCAAGUUACUAUAGUGUGGUAGAUAAAUGUAUUUAUUUAUGUGUGAUGUGCUUUUUAUGCAGUCUUCCUCUGGUGGGAAAGUGUGUGACUGAUAAUUCUAAUCAGUGAAGUAGUUAGUGUACUUGCAAGUACACUGAAAAAAUGUUUUCAUUUAUCCAAUUAAAAAAAAAUUACAUUGAAAAAAUGGGUAACACUUUACAUUAAGGUUCCCUUUGUAAAGUUGUUUGUUAAAGGUGUUUGUUAAUGAGUAAUAAGUCAUGUACAAAUGCAUUAUAAAUCAUUAAUAAGCAGUUAUAACUGCAUGAAUAAAAAGGGUGACUUUAACGCAAUACCUGCCAAAUAGUGAUCCUUUUUUUAACUCGCAUGUUAUAAAUGCUUAACAAAUGUAUUUAUUCACACUUAUUUAACUCAAAACCAGAUUCCUGGUUUAUUUCUUGAUGCAGCAAAAAUUGACUAUCAUAAUUAGACUGAAGGGUGUUGUAUUUGUGCUUUUCUUAUUAAUAUCUCAUGACUGCCACUUUUCUUACUAUGUUGCUUACAAGAAGUUUCUGUCUUACCCAUGAUACUCUCCAAAAAGGUCAUGAUGCCUAUCCACAGCAGUGUAUAAAAACUGAUUUCUUGUUUAUCAAGAUGAAAUUUAUUUAUUUAUUUAUUUUAAAUCAAUAUAUGUAUUAUUUUAACAUAAACAAUUUACAGAAUCAGUUCAGUAUAUUUUUUCUAAACACCCCCUCACCCCUGUCCCACGCCUCAAGAGACGGAACACUUGCAUGGACAUUAUUACAAGGCCUUAAGCUGAUGUGUAAGAUAAAAAUUAUAAUAAUAAUAAUAAAAUAAAUAUACAAAUACAUAAAAAAAAAUGUUAAAGUAAAGAAGGGUUACAUUAUCACAUCAGCAUUUUCAAUCAAUGUAACAUCCAAAUUAUUCAAAUAUUCAAUAAAUUUGCCCCAAAUCUUUUUUUAAGUUAUACCUUAUUUUUUCCACAGGCACAUAGGACAAAAGUUCUCUAAGCCAUACAGCAUGACUGGGUGGUGAUUCUGAUUUCCAGUGUAUAGCUAUACAUAUCUUUGCUGCUAUCAGAGCCAUGUUAACAAAACGUAAAUUCUUCCUUUGAUCAAAUUGGAGGACUGAUUCAAUGCCCGAAAGUGAACCUUAAUGUAAAGUGAACACAUGUGAACCAUUUAUUCAUGAGUUCUAAACAUUAAUAACCUGUGAAAGUGAACCUUAAUGUAAAGUGGAAACCUGUGAACCAUUUAUUCAUGAGUUAUAAACAUUAAUAACCUGUGAAAGUGAACCUUAAUGUAAAGUGGAAACCUGUGAACCAUUUAUUCAUGAGUUAUAAACAUUAAUAACCUGUGAAAGGAGUAGCGAGCUGGCAGUGGAGACGGCAAGAGCGUGUGUUUUGCUUAAUAUCUGUUUUGGGUCAGUUGCAUCGAUUAUUAUUUGCUGCUAGGAAGGAUUAUUUUCGACUCGGUGCUUUUGUUCUAUUUUCCUUGACUAUAAUUUGUAUUUUAAUUGUACUUGUUUAGAAUAAGAGCCGCAUUUGCAGAGUUUGUUGGUGUUCUUGCUCAUUUUUUUGCACUUAAGCGCUGUGUUGUUCUCGCAGUAAUUUCGAUUUCAGCCAUUCACGGGCUAUAGGCUUUCGCUGUGCUAAUUCUAGAGGCAGGCAUAGCUGGUUUCAAUCACGCGUUAAUAAGCAGUAUGUUGUGUUGAGAAGUAUAUAAUACUUGAUGUUCUAUUCAUAGUAAUUGCUUACUGUAAUGCAUGUAAUUUGGAACUGCACCACUAGGGGGCUCUAGUGAGAAAUUGUGUUGAGUAAUGCAGAUAACAAGAAUAAAAGUUGAAGUGUUAGUUGUA